UGGACACGACUUGAGAAUCUCCCUUCACGAUUGGCUUUGCUGAGGAACAGGCGUCGGCAAGUGUUACUGUGCAAGGGCUGCGGAAAUGCAGCGACAGGUGGAAGAAGACGAGAACUAUGAACAAGAAGAGGAUGUGCCGCUUCAUCAUCAACGACCCUUUGGCGCGGGAAUCAAACGCAAACCCAUCCAGUUCGUCAAGGCAUCAGAUCCAAGCCUUAGCACGAUACAAGCAGUCAAGAAAACCAAGACCGGCGCUUCCGUAGGCGACUUUUACCUCAGCCUCGUGCUCGGCGACAAGAAGCAAGCGGAAGCCGAAAAGCCGCCAACAGGGCAAGUAUGCGCCGUAUGCGAGUUGCCCGUGGAUAAAGACGAUGCCGUGGGAGAGGUCGACAAUGCCAAUAAGCCCGCGACAAGUAGACGAAAGCACGAGUCUUCCAUUGCUCACCAAGUCUGCCUUACACACUCACAUCCCCCAUCAGCACUAGAUCGAUCGCGCAUGGGCUUGACAUAUCUUUCAUCCCAUGGCUGGGACCCCGAUUCACGGAAGGGGCUCGGUGCCCAAGAGCAAGGCAUGCAGUAUCCCUUGAAGACUCGACCAAAGGAGGACAAGUAUGGUUUGGGGCUGAAUAUCCCAAAAGGCAUCCAGGGCAAGGUUGAAAAGAAGAAGCCGCAGACGCUGGACGCGAAGCAGUGCAGGAAGAAGGCUGAUGAAGAUAAGAGAAAGGCUGCGAGGUUGCGAGAGAUGUUUUACGCCAGCGAGGAUAUUGACAAAUACCUGGGAAGCGGUUUAUAAGCGUUUACAAGUAGAGGGGAAACAACGAGAUACCCAUAAAGGACGGACAACGAUGGUUUGACUCGAAUUCAGUCGCAUUUUACAGAUCCACAGUAUUGUGUUUUAAUCAUGUGAGUAUGCUAUUAUACAAGUGUUCUCAGAUAGUAGUAAUACUGCCAAACUACUAUAAUUCGUAGUUAUUGUGACCAAAAACGAACAUCACAAAGGACAACGGCUUGACCAUCGAAUGGAAUAA